GCCUACAAAGCAACCCAGGCACAGCAACAUCAUGCCUCCAGAACCUUGCAGGACGAUACCCAAUUCCACAAUGGGGCGCAUCGCGACCCCAGUCUAUCAUUGACCGUGCCGCUGUCGGAAAACCAGGGGUUAUCCAGCGAAUAUGGCGAUAUGGAUGUUGGGGAGCUGGAUGCAAUGGUGCUGGAGGAUGGAGACGAGGUUCUGGAGAAUAACGGUGCCAUGGAAGGAUUGGAGCGCCAUGAAGCUCCCAUAAGGCAGCCUGAAAGGCAUCCUGAUCAGCCAACCAUCCCUCAACCCCAACCGCAGCCCCAGGAAAGACACUAUGCUUCACAUAAUGGCGGCAAUGUUCGUGGUGAAUCGCAUAGCCUGGCGGACGAAGUAGCGCAAUUGAGAGCUCGUGUUGAAGAGCUUAGUCGCCAAAAUGAGAGAAUGGAGCAGGAGCUGGUUGCAGCCAGGAACAACGCCCAAGCCAAGGCAGGAGAGGCUGCCAUCUUACGUUCCAAUCAAGCAAAUCUCGUCAAAGAAUACGACCGCCAAAUCGCUGCAUUACAAAAAAGACUCACCGAAGAAACGGAGAAGCACAAAGGAGCGCUUCAAGCUGCGGAAGCCGACAAGGGGAAUCUCGCCACGGAGAACGCGUUUCUGAGGCAAGAUCUUCGCGAGGAAACUUUAAAGUUGCAUACCUUGAAGGCGAAGAACAAGGCAGAGGAAAAGGCCCCGCCUGUGACGCCAAAGAAGACAAGAGUCCUCCCUUUUCGAGAUGGAUUCGAGGAUGAUGAAAUGGCAGUCUCGUCCCCUACGAAAUCUCCCGGUGGCCGGUCCAGACGAGGAACUCCCGUCGUCCCUGGAAAGCGGAAGAGAAAGGCCAGUGAUGACAAUCCCAUACCGAUUGCGUCACUCGAACUGAGUCCUGCAAAACCCCCGGCAGUGGAUGAAGCUCGUCCAGUAGAAACAGAACAGACCGCACAUGGCAAGGUUCGACCAACCUUUGGGGAGGAAGACUGGAAUCUACAGUAUAUGCAACGGAUCUGGAACCACCGGACGCCUCCAAACACAGAACGGGAUAUCGAAGUUAUGGCGAGGAUGGCAUUCCCCUCUGAACCAGGCCGGAAGCUUUCUUCGAUUGUACUGGAAGAAGCAUCCGUCCUUGGCUCAGGUAACUACGCGGUGGGUUUUGCCAAUAUCAUUAUUUCUUUGUGGUCGCGUGCUUUGAAAGAGAAGUUUUACCAGCCGAUCCCUAUGUUUAUGGCGAUAAUAAAGUUCAUUCUGCUCCUGGAUACAGCGUCGAUCGCCCCAAAGCUGAUCGAAAAUCUUGUUCCUGUUCUUCAAGUCUCUGUGGAAGUCAACGCAACUCCUCGGUUCGAGCAUUCUCCUGUGUCAAGUCGCAGUAAGGGGCAGAUCCGACAGACCCCGCGGUCGGAACUUCAUGACGAAGUUGACUCGACGGAGGCUCUGGAAAUUUUGUAUCUUAUAGCCACAACGUGCCGCAAUGAUGAGAGCCUCCAAGAAAACUUCUGGAGAAGUAUUCGAUUCGAUUUCAUACUAACGAUGCUUAACUGUCACCAGCUGGUCGACGAUAUCAUCAUUACCUUGAAUAUUCUGCCGACGAGCAUUCGUCCGAAUUCUUUCGGGAGUAUCCAAGAAACCGAGGAAGAACAGAGAAAAAUCGAGGGAUAUCUUAUUGAUCGGGUGGCGAAUCUUUUCAGUGAGAACAUCCAGGUAGACGAGGGCCGGGAGCCGUAUCGUCCCUCGCAAAUCUGCGAGAUGCGUCUUGAAGCGUUGGCAUUUUUCGAGAUGCUGGCCUUUUCAGCUCCCGAUCCAGCAAAAAACCAUGGCAAUGCCAUGAUCGCCAAUCAUCCCCUCGUGCUUGCUCGGCUCUUUCGGUCGAUGCACGAUGAACUGGAUGCCCUAUAUACCGAACCCCCAGAGCACAAACUCCGCACGGCACUCGUGAACAGACUGAUGCACUUGAUAUACGGGGUGAUCCAGAACAACGGUGGCGUCGACCUGCAUUCCAAGCUGCGACUUCUAUCGGGUGCGACACAAAAAUAUCGCAUCGUCCUCUCACGACUCGCGUUCAGCGAGGGCGUGUAUCUGGAAUCUGGGAUCUCCGAAGAAACGAUGGAGAUGGCUCGCCGCUUGCUGGAAGACGAAGACAUGGAUCCUGAGGAAGCCGAGGCUAUAUUUGAGGCCUUUCCCAGCGGCGGACGUCUCAGUAGCAUGGACGAUUCACAGCAGAACGAGUGA